UGUUUGUUUGUUUGUUUUUUCUUUUAAAAGAUGACAUGUAUAAUGUAUUGUCAUUUCGUUAUACAGACAGCCGUGCUUCCACGACACGCCACGCCGUUCGUGGUAAGAAAAGGAGUGGGGAAAAGAGAUAAUCUAACCAAACCUUAUCUCGCUUCCCUUCCCGCGCCCAUGGCAAUGGCUGCCGCUCCUCACAGUCAUCACACUCCAGUGGGGGCCGCAGCGGCCACGUCCGCCGCCGUAUCCAUGCCCUGCUGCUCCUCCGCUUCCUGUUACGACGACAAGGACGGCGACCCGUCCUCCUCCUGGUCGCUGUCCUCGCCGCGGCGCCGGCAGCCGUACCGGCGCCUCCUCCGCGACGAGGCGCAGCGGCUCCGGCGCGCGCGGCGGAGCCAGGGCCCGGGCGCCGACACGCCGCGGUGGGUGCGGCGCACCACGGAUCAGAUGGCCCGGUACAUCGAGGACGACCGCGCGGGGCACGUGUACGGGCGGCACGUGGUCGCCGCCGUCCGCGCGGUGCGGGCCACGGCGUCGCGCCCGUCCGCGGACAUGCGCCAGGCCAUGGCGUCGUUUGUUACCAGGCUCACCUUCCGCGAGAUGUGCGUCGUGCUCCGCGAGCAGCGCGGCUGGCGUCAGGCGCGCGACUUCUUCGCUUGGAUGAAGCUCCAGCUGUGCUACGAACCAAGCGUCGUCGCCUACACCGUUCUGCUGCGGUUGUAUGGCAGGGUCGGGAAGGUGAAGCUUGCCGAAGAGACGUUUCUUGAGAUGCUCCAGGUUGGCUGCGAGCCUGACGCCGUGGCGUGCGGGACCCUCCUGUGCGCGUACGCUAGGUGGGGGCGGCACGAGGACAUGAUGCUGUUCUACUCGGCGGUGCGCGGGCGGGGCCUAGUCCCUCCGAUCUCUGUCUACAACUACAUGAUCUCGUCUCUGCAGAAGCAGAAGCUGCACGGCAAGGUCAUCCAUGUGUGGAAGCAGAUGCUGGAAGCUGGCGCGCCGCCUAACCAAUUCACCUACACAGUCGUCAUCGGCUCCCUUGUGAAGGAAGAUCUCCUGGAGGAGGCCGUCGAUUUGUUCGGUGAGAUGCGGCGGCGUAGGUUCGUUCCGGAAGAGGCGACUUACAGCCUGUUGAUCAGUGCGAGCUCCAGACAUGGCAAAGGAGAACAGGCGUUGCGGCUCUUCGAAGAGAUGAAGGGCCAGGGAAUCGCCCCCAGCAACUACACCUGUGCGUCUCUCUUGGCACUGCACUGCAAGAACGAAGACUACCCAAAGGCUCUUGCUCUCUUCUCUGACAUGGAAAGCAGCAAGGUCAUUCCUGACGAGGUCAUCUACGGGAUUCUUAUCAGGAUAUACGGGAAACUCGGGCUUUACGAGGAGGCACGUCAGACGUUUGGCGAGAUCGAGAAGGCAGGUCUUCUGAACGACGAGCAGACUUACGUGGCAAUGGCUCAGGUCCACCUGAACGCUGGAGACUGUGACAGAGCACUGGAGGUGUUAGAAUCUAUGAAGACGAGAGGCGUGAAGCCUUCGCGCUUCUCUUACAGCGCUCUUCUCAGAUGUCACGUCGCAAAGGAAGACGUAGUCGCCGCAGAAGACACCUUCAGAGCUCUCUCCCAGUCCCAGCACGGCCUCCCUGACGCGUUCUGCUGUAACGACAUGCUCAGGCUGUACAUGAGGCUGGGACGUCUAGACAAGGCCAGGGCACUGGUUUCGGUGCUGCUGAGGGAAGAUGGUUUCCAGCUUGACGAGAACCUCUCUACGACAGUGAUGGAGUUUUACUGCAAAAGCGGUAUGGUUGAGGACGCAGAGAAGUUACUCGAAGAUAUUCAGAGGAACAGGAAACCCGUGAAGGUUCCAACGCUGCUUUUGCUUGUAGAGAUGUACGCUAGAAACAGACCCAGUGUGGUUCUGGAAGAACGCAGCUCGUCGAGGGCACUCGGCAGUUCAGCAGCUAGCGUGGCCUUGAACUCCCUGUUGGACAUGCCUGGGGGCUUGUCCAGUGUGUCCCUACUGAUCAGCAGAUUGGCUAGGGAAGGGAGCACAGAUGAGGCGAGAUUCAUUUACGAUCAGCUGACUGAACUGGGAACCAAGCCUGACGAUUCGGCGGUCGCUACUCUGAUCGUCCAGUAUGGCCAGGCAAAGCAGUUAGAGCGAGCACAAGAACUAUUCGAUUCAGCGUCAGCGUCGUUCCCAGAUGGGGCGCUUGUCUGCAACGCCAUGGUCGACGCGUUCUGUAAAUGUGGCAGAGCUGAGGACGCGUACCAUCUUUUCAUGGAGAUGGCUGAUCAAGGCAGUUACAGAAAUGCUGUGACAGCUAGCAUUCUUGUCACUCACCUGACUAAGCAUGGGAAAUUUCAAGAGGUUGAGAACAUCAUGCAUGGCUGUUUCCGAGAUGAAGUCCAGCUCGACACUGCCUUGUACAACACAUUUAUCAAGUCGAUGCUUGAAUCAGGUAAACUGCAUUCGGCCGUCAGCAUAUACGAUCGCAUGGUAUCCUCUGGCGUUUCUCAGUCCAUGCAGACGUUCAAUACAAUGAUAAGUGUUUAUGGCAAAGGAGGAAAGCUGGACAAGGCCGUUGAGAUGUUUGCUGCUGCGCAGGAGCUGGGCCUGCCGAUCGACGAGAAGAUGUACACGAACAUGCUUAGCUUAUAUGGGAAAGCCGGCAUCAAGAGGCGUCUUUGAUGUUCAAAAGAAUGAAGGAAGAUGGCAUCAGACCUGGAAAGAUCAGCUUCAACUCCAUGAUCAAUGCCUACGCCACUUCAGGACUGUUCAGCGAGGCGAAAAGCGUGUUCCAGGAGAUGCAGGACUGCGGGCACGCCCCCGACUCCUUCUCCUACCUCGCGCUGAUCAGAGCGUACACGGAGGCUAAGCUGUACACCGAAGCAGAAGAAGCCAUCCGGACGAUGACGCUGAGCAGCAGCAACACGACCCCUUCCUGCCCGCACUUCAGCCACCUGAUUCUCGCGUUCUUGAAGGAAGGCCGGGUCGGUGAAGCCCGGAGGAUCUACGGCCAGAUGAUGGAGGUAGGCGUGGCUCCUGACCUGGCCUGCUGUAGGGCCAUGAUGAGGGUGUACGUGGACCGCGGUCUCGUCGACGAUGGCAUCUCGCUCUAUGAGACGACGUGUGGGUCGUUGAAACCUGAUAGCUUCGUCUUGAGCGCUGCGUUUCAUCUGUAUGAGCGUGCGGGCAGGGAGUGUGAAGCCCAGGGUGUCCUGGAGUCCAUCAGUGCGAGUGGUACCUCCUUCCUGAGGAACAUGAAGAUUGGAUUUGGAUCGUCUUUAAGAAGUUAGAACUUAAACAUGCUAGUUUUUCUCUUUUUUUUCAAGUGUUUGGGUUAAAUAUCUUAACUUAUAUUCUAGCUUUUCCAAUAUUUGGCUUAAAUACUGCUAGACAUUCCCACACAUGUAAAUAAUUUAGUAAGGACUUCCUCUUAGUCCAUAAUUCAUAUGUGUUUUAGGCA